AUGAGUGAUGCCACAACCAAGCCCCGAACGCUGCGGCGCGUCCGAUCCAUAUACCAAGUCCACUACGGACUACCCAAGAUCGAACGAGAAACGGCCAGACCAUUAGUCAUGCCGUUCGACUCCGUGGAGAUACAGGCCUAUGAGAAACAGGUGGCCGGGCAUAGAGAGAGCUCGGAUACUAGGUUUCUAGUGGAUAUACAGGCGUAUAGGUAUGAGAAACAAGUUGCUGGGCAUCCAGAGAGCACGGAUACAAGGUUUCUAGGGCUCCUCCAAUGCAACAACGGGACAAUCCUCAAACCCAUCAUCAAGGAAUGCCAGCGGCGAGAGAUAGACUUCUACCAGCGACUAUCCACCACGAAAGACCCAGAUCUAAUAGAGCUGAGAACUUUAGUACCCAAGUACUAUGGGUGUCGGCGGUUCACGUACAACACUCAUGAGCAGGAGUAUAUUAUAUUGGAAGAUGUGGUGCAGAGGAUGCUGGAACCUUGUAUUAUGGAUGUUAAAAUUGGCAGAAGAACCUGGGACCAUCUAGCCUCAGCAGAGAAGAUCCAGAAGGAGCAAAGCAAAUACAAGCUGUGUAAAGAAGAAUACGGGUUCUGCAUACCCGGGUUCCAAGUGUACCGGCUGUCUACCGGGAAACUGCUGAAAUAUAACAAGGACUAUGGGAAGAGGUUACAUGGGCAGGCGGUUAAAGAUGCCAUCCGUAACUUUUUAAACGGCGUCGGCACCAGCCUCUGCCGCGCGUUGAUACUCCAGUUCCUGACAACAUUAUGGAAGAUACAGAAAUGGGCCUCGAGGCAGACUUCAGUCAAAAUAUACUCAUGUUCGUUGCUGCUCGCGUAUGAUGCUGCCAAGCUGAGGGACUGCUGCGGAGAGGGGGAUGUCCUCUCGCCCCGCCCGAAGUGCCGCUCCGAGUCCGUGGGUCGCCGCAAGUCCAUACACUCCAUGCACAGCGAGUCCGGCUCCAACUUCAGUGGCCAGAUCUCUUCCAAGGGUCCAGUAUAUAAGAAGGUUAACUCCGUACCCCUAACCUCAAUGCAACUAGCGCAGCGAAGCUUCUCGCCCCCUCCCACCGUCACCUCCCCCUGGAGCGAGGCGCUCGAAAAGAUCAACCACAAUCACUCCUUCGACCACAAUUAUGAAGACAAGCUGUCCAAAAUCAGGAUGAACUAUCGCGCCAUCUUGGACCAACUGUCCGGUGAUUCGCCGAACCCUGCCCAAUGGGGGACGGUCAAAAUAAUAGAUUUCGCGCAUGCGUUUUUCAAUGAAGAAGAUGAGAUGGCGGUGGAUGAGAAUUUUAGGGACGGAAUAGACAGUUUUGUGGAGAUUUUUGAGGCGUUUUUAAAGGAGACUGAUGAUCAAGUGUUUUAAGCUCUCAUAUGCGUGGUCAAAAAUCGUGGGUGUAAUUCAAACCUCCGUUGUGUUACAUAGAGAGAAAAAAAUCGUUCUCGAAAAAAUGCAAAAACAUGACUAAAAAUUCGGUCAGGGUCCUUAUCAUAGAAGAGACCUUAAUCCUUUGACCACAAUUACGAAAACUAUAAAAAUUCAGAAUGAACUAUAAGAUAGAGCCAUCUUAGAACAACUGUCCAGUGAUUCUCCAAACCCUACUCAAUGGAAGGUCAAAAUGAAAGGUCCUAAAGGAUUUUCACCAUAAUAUUUUAACAUUUUCGACGCCGUCUCAAACACAAAGCUAUCACUCGAACGCCACGUCACGGAAGUAUCAAAACGAAAUUGAACUGUUAUGCAUAUGCACGUAGGUCGAUGUUGCUCUGUGGUCUGUGGCGGAUUAAUUCGUCUUGCCUGCUUGCGUUGCGGAUAUAGCCAUCAUUAGCGUCGAAAAGGUUAAUGUCAUAAAUGGUAAUGACUACUUGAUAUCAAAAUAUUUGACAACCGCGACGAACUAUUGAGUUGAUUCUUGUGACUGUAAUGUGAAGUGAUAUUACGAAAACAUCACAUAGUCUUAAGUUAAACCUUGUUAAUUGUGUUUUCUUUCAUGAUAUAGUAGGUACUUAAGUGUUGAUAAGUAUUAUAAGUGUUUAAUUGUAAUGGUUGUAAAAAUAACAAAAUGUUUCGCUUUCGCAUUAUAAAUAUUUAUUUUCGAAAUCAGCCAAAAUUAUUUACCCAAAUAAAAAUUAUCUAUAAACUUAAUAAUAAUCUAAAAAAAAAAAAUCAAAUUAUCUGGCACACCCAAACGGGUCC